CUUCUCCGACACAAUAAUUGUCACUCUCUUUAUUCGGUUGACUUGUCUAUAAAAAUCAACCGGACGUAUGGCUUCCGAGAACACCCCCUCUAAGCCCGGGGGCAUGCUCUCGCUCUAUGCAAAUCUGCUCGAUCCAUCCGCCGAUAACUCUCCCGGGACGAUUUCUCGCGCCCCGGUCGUCUUCAAGCAAGCCUCCGAAGGCGAGUCGCAGCCAGAUGAAUCAGCUGCCAAGAAACAACAGCUCAAUGCCGCUUCUCUCCGAUUUCAGCCUACGAAGAGACCCCAACUAUCUGCGCAGAAACCAAAACCGAAGCCAGCUUUACCGAAGGCAGCCCCUGCUCCCGUACCGGCAGCGGCUCCUAAGACUACCCUUGCAGAUUGGGCUAAUACCGAAGAGGAUGAUGUCAAUGACUUCUAUGCUGGACCAAAAAGGCAGCGGGGUGGGCGCAAGAAGCGCAAGAAGAACAAGGAUACGCGGGAAUUUGCCCAGGACUGGGACGACAUCUACGACCCGUCGCGGCCUAAUAGUUACGAAGAAUAUAAGCACAGCGAUGAGCAGAUAGCCGAAGUUCGCGAGUGGAAGGAUCGCCUCUACGCACAUCGCAUAGUGCGAUCUCCGAGCCGAGAUUCGUAUAGUGAUGAGGAAUAUGGAAGGCCAAUGAACCGACAAUUCGCCCCUCCGAGCAGCUUCGCACCACCUCCAAACCUCAACGAUAUGCCCCCGGCUCCCGCUCCCCCUGCUGAUAUACCGGAUGCUGCUUCCGGAGAGGAGGCAUUUGCCAAGCGUGCACAACUGCAUACAAACCUAGCCGAUACGGCUAUGACCGACUAUACACCACCACCUCCCCCAGAGGCAUCUGUUACAGAUGACCCUACGGGUGAAGAUGCUUAUCUACGUCGCAUUCAGAUGUCGGCUGGAACCCAGCCUAUAGCAGAAUCUGCGCCGCCACCACAAUCACGGCCGCUAGAAGCGCUGCAACCUGCCUCUGCGACUAUUUCUCGUGCACCUGUCCGCUAUACUUUACCUCCCCCACCGGCAGAUAUACCUGCAUCAGAAGCAGAGCUUGAGGAAGUUUUCGCUAAGGAGCAACCGGUGGAAGGUGAGGGUGAAGGUGAAGAGGAGGGUCAGCGCUCACUCCGGCCCGGACAGAAGGGAUUUGCUCAGCGUCUGCUUGAAAAGUAUGGUUGGACAAAAGGCUCUGGUUUGGGCGCAACGGGGUCGGGUAUUGUCAACCCACUGCAGGUCAAGGUCGAGAAACAGAAGAAGCGGCCAGACUCAGAGGGUGGUGGCUUCGCCACUCCCGCUGGCAGGGGUAAAAUCAUUGGUGGUGCGAGGAAGAAAGAAGACGAGGGGAAGUUUGGUCAAAUGAGCGAAGUCGUUGUCUUGAAGGGCAUGUUAGACGGCAUGGACGUGGAAGCAGAACUAGAAGGCGACCAGGAUGGGGGCUUGAUGCAAGAGAUCGGGGAUGAGUGUUCUGAGAAGUAUGGAAAUGUCGAACGUGUCUUCAUUGCCCGCAGCGCGGCCCCUCCAGUCCCGGUAUUUGUCAAAUUCACCAAUCAGCUAUCUGCUCUAAGAGCUGUCAACGCCUUGGAGGGCCGAAUAUUCAACGGGAAUCCAAUCACAGCUCGGUUCUUUGACACCCAGAAAUUUGAGGAAGGAAUAUAUGAAUAAGAACUACAAAGGAAUAGAGUUAAUGAAUGAUACCGAUAAGCUUCUGUCAGUUUUACACCAGGCACCAAAUUUCUUUAGUUCAAUUUGUCAGUAACACCUGGCACAUCAGAACCAUGUGUCAAGAGCCGACCAAACAAGUCUAAUGUGCCUCUUGAGGUUUUGCAGCUUUUAUCCAUGAAAGUGAAGGCUCUCUUCAGCCGUGUUGUUACUGGUCUUAGUGAUAGGAACUAGCCUUCUCAUCACAUAGGCGUUUCUCCUACCUUUGCGUCCCUCGUCUUGCGACGCGUUUGAUAAGAGCACCAGUCCAAAUCAUCGGCCACCAUGAUAUAAGGCCUUUCUCGAGGCAUAACAAUGGUAGCAGGUAUUUAUAUGGAGACAUAGGGUUGGUAUCAAGCAAUUUAUGAUGCACCAUGGCCGCCUUGUUCUGAGUCAAAUUAUUGGAGAGAAUGGUUGGCAAUAAGGAAAAGCGAGGUUGUUGUGUAACCUCGAGCUCUUUAUAAAUCAAUACUAGUAGAUAUGGCAGUGGGCAUCUCCUAUUGCUAGUUCUUACUACUGCUAGUAUAUCG